AUGAAAAGGUUCUUUUGAGUUAGUUAUUUAUUUAAGAAUAAAUUCUCCAAUUUUUCUAAUUAAUUAAACUCAAGUUUCCAACAAAAUUUCUUUUUCAUUUUUAGAUAAAUCAGCAACCAAUAAGCCUUAGUGCAAUUUAACUAUUAAUUUUUUAAAUCUCAACUUAUUCUAUUCAAAAACAUUCUGAAAAUCUUACUAGUAAUUAUUCCUUUGUAUCUAAUAUUUCCCAUAAAAAUUUCAUUACCUUUAAACUUAACCUAUUUUAAAUUAAUAUUGUAAGAAAUGUAAGUAUUUAAUAUUAAAAUAGAGUGUAUUAAAAGUGUACAAACUCUGCUACUAAUGUAUUAAAUAUGAAUUAAAUAUCAAGUCCAAUUAGCUUAAACCUUUAUUUUCUAUAUUAUUAAUCAAGUAUUAUAGUGAAUCUAAGAUCUGAUAUUUCAGAGCAAGUUUCCAGUUCUGAUUGUUUAUUUAUAAUUUAUAUGGGACAGGAUGUAUGUUAGAUUUGAAUUUAAUUUAGAACAUGAGUGAUUAAGAUUAUUUAAUUUUGGAUAUAUAUUAUGUGUUGCAUUAUAAUAUAUAAUCGGUGUUAAAUAACAUCUUAAAAAGACACUUUAAAUUUUAUUAGAUUUGA